GGAGCGGUCCGCUGAGUCCAGGGAUCAAGACUCGCCGCUGCGCUACAACAAGUUGUGAAGUAUGAAAGAAGGAAUCGACUCUUUCCGCGCGUUUAAAUCGUAAAUCCGCGGCUUUUCUCUUUAUCCGAAGCGAUGUGAAGGAAGGCCAGACUGUUCGGGACUGCCGAGAGCCCCAUGGCAAGCCGAGCAACUUCAAAUUUGGUUCAUAAUCCGCCUCGCACCAUGGCUGGCCAGUCUAGCUUGCGGGAAGAGCUGGAAGUCCUGCGGAGGAGGGAGUGGGAGCGGAGGAACCAGGAGGCUCAGCAGGACCGGGAGCUCUUUCAGGAGAGCACACCCCUCUUCGGGGAACCCUACAAGACGAACAAAGGAGAUGAAUUGUCCCGGUUUGUCCAGAGGAUGCUGGGUAACUACGAGGACGAGAACAAUUCUCAGUACAUCCAGUACAAUGGGGCGAUGAAGGACCGACCCUCUGCUCAGCACGUGCGUUCGGGACGCCCCUCCCACAAAGACAAAACUGACCCCUCAUUCCAGAAUUUGUCAAGUUACGGGACCGCCCAGCCCGGACACCCCGGACACGGCUCGGGACAACCUUUAAAGAAGUUCCCGUUUCCACACGGCUCUUCCGUUUCCCACAGUAAAGAGGAACAUUCAGAAUCCCACCAGCAGAAAAUGGACACCUGGUCAGAUAUGAGAGACUACUCCACCUUACCCCCCGUUCUCCCUGACCUUUCACCCCCCGCCGGUCCUCUGUCCCCGUUACAUUCCAGCGAAUCCGGCGACUCCAAUCAGGACAUGGAUAACGAAAACGAACACAACCACUCGCUUUCUCCAGAGUAUACCGGUUCCUCUAACAGGAGGGAACCACUUCAUCACCUGGAGCCCCAGAAAGAGGUUCCCCAGUUAACUGGAGACGCUCCACCACUGGUUUCCCAAACCUUCCCACUUCCACUUUCCUCCAAACCCAACUUGGCCAACUCCAAGAAACCGAUGGCGUUGGUCAGACCCAUGGACGGAUUGGACCAGGUGACCAGCGAGUCUCCGGACCUGAAACCGUCCCCGGAGGACUUUCACGGACAGUCUUAUGAGAGCUUACCGGACCUGAAGAACGGGAGUAAACCAAGCCUUCCUCCACUGAAGGUUCCAGCGCAGUCUGUGGAGGCGCUGUCAAAUGAGGUACAGGACAUUCUGAGGGAAAUGGCCUCAUGGCCUCCUCUGCUUACAGCCAUUCACACGCCGAGCACCGCCGAGCCAUCCAAGUUCUCCUUCCCCAGCAACGAUCUCCCCAUUCACCCAGGAUACCAGCAGCCUCAAAAACACCAUGAAUCUACCCCCAAAGCUCCCCUGUCUCCCUGCAAGCCAGCCCCAGUUGUACCUGAAGAUGAUAGCGGUGUUGCGUUGGCGCCCUCCAGUGGGGCGGAGUCUGGCAGUUCCAGCGAAUCAGGGAGCAGCUCGGAGUCUGAAUCCGAUAGCGAGAGCAGCGAGAGCGGUAAAGAGGAGAACCCCCCCGCCCCCCAGAACACAUCACCUGCCAAGGAGGAGGAUCGGAAAGACAUCAGCUGGCUGUUGGGCCCUUUUAUUAAGAAGAGCCAGCCCAAACCCAAUCCUCAGAACCACAGCGAGAUCGGCCCGGACCUCGAAUCAGUCCCGAACACUAAGCCUCAGCUCCGCACCCCUCCACCCGAGGAGACCAAGCCCAGAACCAAGCGCUGCCACACCUCUCGCACCCCACCUGCGCAGGUACAGCCUGCCGAUGCUGCUUCAGAGGCUAAAUCCACCGGCCCGAACACCGGCCACAAGCCCACGCCCAAACCCACCGAGUCCGGCCACAGGAAGACGGUGGGAAACAAACAGCCAGGGAGGAGCAGCAAAGCCCCCCGGCCCGAGGAGGCCCACUCCAGCCUUCAGGUGGAGAGCGUGGAGGUGACCCCCCGCGACAAGGACUCCACCUUUACAGACCGGCCCAAGGUCAAAACGAAAAGCGCUCAAGAGAAGAGCAGUGUUAAGAAGUCCAGGUCUAAGCACACUCACUCCAAUAAAAAGGAAGGGAAAGACUCCUCCGCCCCCCCCAGAACCACGCUGGUGGUGGAGAGCAGUAAACCGGCUUCUCCAAGUCCUGCAGCCCCGCGCUCCACCUCCCCUCCACCCAAAUCCACCAGCACGACCGAAACACCCACGCCCACGCCGACAAAGAGCUCCAAAAAGAGUCGCCCUCGCUCGCCCUCCAGAGAGAAGAAGAGUCAGGGGGUGUCCCGGUCCCACCCCGACCCUCCCCAAACCCUGCUGGUGAAGAUCGAGCUCAGCCAGCUCUCCAGAGUCCCUCAGCUUCCCAAACCAACCAAAACCAGCAAGACCAGUAAGAGCAGUAAGAGCAGCAAGAGCGUUUCCUCAAAGAGCAAAACCAGCCUGGAGAAGGAGCUCGGCUCCACCGGCAAACCGAGCAAAAAGAGACCAGCAGAGAAGAAUGAUGAGUCUGUGCCCAAGAAGAAACCAAAACUGGAGGAGAGCAAAACAACAACAACAACAACAACAUUAUUAUUAUCAUCAUCAUCAUCAUCGUCUCAGAUCAGCUCCAGUAAAGCCGAGACAAACAAGAGCACCAGCAAGGAGAAAGAGAAGAAGAGCAGCAAGACCACUCGUCCUCCUCUUCCUCCUCUUCCUCACGGCUCGUCUCAGGAGCAGACGAAGAGUUCGGGACACAAGCGCGGCGGCGGGGAGCAGGAGGACAGCGGACAUGUCUCCGGCAGCAAACACAAGAAGAAAAGCUCCAGCAGAGAGGAACCCGACAAGAACCAGAAGAAAGUAUCAAAAAGUGCCGAUACCACCUCAGAGCCGAGCACUUCCUGUGCAGCUCCAGCUCCACACAGACCCCUGCUGAAGUUCGAGGACAGGCUUUACUCUGUGGAUCAUCAUAUGAAGGAAGCCAAGAGGCUGAAGCACAAAGCCGACGUCACGCUGGAUAAAACGGGGAAGGCUUUGAGGUAUUUGGACGCUGUCCUGUCCUUCGUGGAGAGCGGCAUCGCCAUGGAGUCAGAUCCCCAAACGCCCAAAUCUGCGUACACCAUGUUCUCCGAAACGCUGGACCUGAUCAGGUUCACACUGAAGCUGAAGAACUUCUGUGACCCGUCGGCUCCGGCGUCUGACCGAGACUUCCUCGUCCUCUGUAUGCGUUGUCAGGCUCUGCUGCAGAUGGCGAUGUUCCGCUGUAAGAGAGAGUCGGCGCUGAAGUAUUCCCGCACUCUCACCGAACAUUUUAAGAACACGCCUGCUCCUUCUCCCUGCAUCUCAAAAAUCACGGGCACCCCGUCCCCCAUGUCCCCCAUGCCGUCUCCCGCCAGCUCCGUCAGCUCGGGCCUCGGCUCCAACCCCAGCAGCAGCAGCAGCAGCAGCACCGUGGCCAUUCCCCAGGUCAUCCAGCAGGUGGCGUCGUCCUACGUCAACAUCACCGCCCUCUUCCUCAGUGCUCACGACACCUGGGAGCAGGCCGAGGAGAUCGCCCGGAGAGGCAGCGGUUUGUUGAAGGAUCUGGACGCUGUGAUUGGUCAGCUGAGUUUGACCUCUGGAAUGACCCCUCUGGUGCGCUACACCCGUCAGGGUCUUCACUGGCUCAAACUGGACGCCUCGGACUCACGCUGAGCGCUCGGUCUCACGCUGAGAGCUCGGACUCACGCUGAGAGCUCGGUCUCAUGCUGAGAGCUCGGUCUCACGCGGACGUUUUUUAGUUGGGUGUGGUUUUUACGUUCUUUUACGUUGUGGCCAACCAGGAGGAGAAGCCAAUGAGGAGAGGGAGUGGGCGGGGCAUACCUGCGGAUUAUUAUUGCACUUUGUUCUGAGAGGAAGUUGGAGUCUGGACCGCGGGAGAGACGGACGGACCGGCCUGAGAGCAGCGGAUCAAUACAGCUGAUCGAUUAACUCACUGUGUUUGAGGGGGAAAGCCACGUGUGACCAAUUAUGAUCAGAUGAGGAUCGAUUGGGAGUUUUUCCCUCUUUUUUUUUCUACAACCUUUUUUCAGGUGUGUGAGUGAGAGAGACUGGAACCCCAGAAACACACGACGUGGGUUUGUGUCCCAAUACUUUUGUAUCCCAGAGCAUCGGACAGCGCGGGAAAACUACAGACCCUGACACUAAACUCACGCGCAGCCGAAUGUGACGACGAUAGUGAACUGAAAUGUGCACGGCAGCGUGCGGACGCUCACGUAUCUGUGGUGAAACAGAUCAUUGAUCUCAAGAUUAUUUAUUUUGCCUAUAUUAUUAAUAUUAUUAUUAUUAUUAUUACAGUUUAUUAUUAGUAAUAUAUUGACCUUGAUUAUUUUUCUCCUUCAGUUUAAUCUUUAAAUCACCAGCAACUGUGUUAAAAUGAAGACUUCAGAAAUGAUUAUUUAAUUUUUUAAUUUUUUUUAUUUACAUCAUCUCUAUGAACUCCUGCUGUUUAGGGUCUCGUCAUGCUUCAGUAUUUUUAAGUAAGUCUUCCCAGCUCAGAUCUGAUUGAAUUAAAUUACGAUUGAUUAUUAUCAAAUAGAAAAAGCAGACCCUGUAAGAGUCUGAUCUCACACUUUUCCAACAGAGCAAAUCUGAUCUCAGAGAAACUGAAGGUACCGAUGUGAUUCUACCUCAAGCACGUUAUUAAUUAUGAAUUCAGAGGAAUUAAUCAUUUAUAAACCUAGAGACUCUCUGUAAAGCUACGUUCACACAGUGCAAAAGUGGCCCAAGUCAGAUUUUCUCACCCAGAUCUGAUGUUUAUCUUCAAAUCUGAUGUUUGUUUUAGAUGUUUCUCACUUUAAUCUAAUCUAAUAAUUUAAUAUGAUCUAUAAUCUGACAUUUCCAGUGAAUAGUUAAUUCUCCUAAUCUGACAUGCGUCUGCAGAAGAGCAGAAAGGUGCUUCACGUGUCUUUAUCACGCUUGUGAUUCUUCUUCCCCUGAAUCACAGGAUCUGUUAGAGUUCUAGUGGCUGCAGAUCAGUUUAUCACAGAGUUUCAGAUCACUGUUAAAGAUUUAAUACGUUAUUCAGCCAAAUCAACUUGUUUAGUUCGUCUCUUUUUGGUUUCUUUAAAGUCUCAAAAGUUUUUAGGUUUUUAAAUUUAUUUUGACUCUCACUUUCUUUUACCUCAAUACUCCACUACUGAAACCCUUCCUCACUGCCAUCGUCCAUCCCCCCUCACAUUUUCCCUGAUUGCAUGAAAUCCGAAGUCUGUGUGAAGUCUGACACAAAUUGGAUAUACAUCAGAUUUAAAACCACAUUAUAAAGUGGCCUGAAUAAAAAUAAAAAAGUAUCUGAUUCAGUGUUUAAAAAUAAAAAAAAUACAUAUGAUGAACAAAAUCCUGAAUUUGGGCCACUUUUGCUUCCUGUGUGAACACAGCCUUAAACACAGAACACAUGUGCCUUAUUGGACCUGGAGCUGAAUGUACAGAACCUGCUUUUUAACCCUAAACGCUGAGCGAAUAGUCCAUUUAACGGCACAUUCAUUCUUUAAAAAAAAAAAAAAAAAAAAAAGCAGCAGAAAAAAACAGUGUAAAUGCACUUUUUCUGCUGAUGCCUUUAGACCUAAUAAAAUUAGCUUCAUUAGCUGUUAGCUUCAUUAGCUGUUAGCUUUAUUAGCUGUUAGCUUUAUUAGCUGUUAGCUUUAUUAGCUGCCUUAAUGUCCUUAAAACUUCCUGCGACAUCCUUACGUGCCAUACUUCCCCAAAUAACUACCUGUCUACAAAUUUACCUGUCCUCUUACCCCAAAUAACCUCAUCUUCAUCCUUACCUGACUUAUUAUCCUGUAUUUACACCCGUCUUUAUCCAAACUGAGACACAUCUGAACGCAUCUGAUUGUAGUUGCGUUUUAAACCACCUCUAAUCAAAAAUCUAUACAAAAUCAAUCUGUAUAGAAUAUAGAUCUGCUGAAAUCAGAUCUGGGCUGGCAGUCUGAACACCGCUUUAGAUGAAGUUAAAAACGCUCUUCUGGGUAAAGAUCUGUAUUAUUGAGGCUGGGUUUAGGUUUUAGUGGCUGUUCACACUGUUCAUUUCACAGCUUUCACUUGGAAUCUUCGUGUUUGAGGAGUUUGGUGUGUUUUUUUUAUUAUUUUUAUUAUUUUUUGUAAGUAAAUUCACUCGUCACAUUUUGGAUUUCCAGUGGAGGUAGGGGGGGUGGGGGUUCUUCAGUAUGAUGGACAGGUAGGAUUUACCUUUAUCACACCUGUAAUUCCUCCUUUUACGGCGGGAUCACCCCGGUCGCGCUCUACCUGCUCGGGUUUCUGUUCACGACCGGCUGCAGCGGCACGUUGGGCUGCUUUAGAAGAUUCGCUUAUCGUUUAUUUGAAGGUUUUCUUAAAUGUAAUUCACAUUAAAUGAUUUUAUUUAAACCCGAGGAAAGUGAAUACUGGCCAGAUCUGCCCUUUUGCACAAAUUUCAUUGGUUUUCCAUAGCAUUUCCAGCCCCCUGAAUCCUGCUGUUCUUUUUCUUUCUGUUGGUUUUGGUUGAUCUUGAGUUUCCAGCAGAAACACUGAGCUGAAUUCCAGGACUGUGAUUCUUUAACGCUCCUAAAACACAGUUCUAGAACUGAUUUAAAGAAAAGUGCACCGCCGGCCUCGACCACAGCGGACCCGUCUCAUCUCGUGCCAAGACGCAUUCCCUUUAAUGAGAUUCCCCGCCGGGAUUCCUGUACUGGAAAAAUCACACGGACUACUGGAAUUUCAGUAUGGAACUGAACUGUUGAUAAGCAAUGCUGAGAUAUAAGGGCUGCACAUGGAAUCAGAAAAUAAUUAUAUGUAUUUAUUUUAUUACGAUUAUCAAAGCUAUGAAAGUACUCUAGAUUUAUUAAUAUUCUGAUUUAUUUCUGCUUCUCGGUUUGGCUGUUUUGUACGUUCGAUUCUUCCAAAGAAGGCUGCUUUUAUUGUUUAUUAUUAUUAUUAUUAUUAUUAUUAUUCUCUGCACACUAAAUGAAAUCAUUUCAUGUUUUUUGUGAAAAUUCAGAGAGAAGCUGAAGUUUUGAGCUCGGUCUCGUUUUUCUCCAGCCUCAGUUUCAUUUACAGAUCUGGACUUUAUGUUCAUCACGUGUUCACACACACACCUUCACUGAAAACGACUGAAAACUGUUGAGAAUUAUUUUGUAAUUGAAUAAAGACUCUCUUGCCUUGUUGCA